CUCUCUCUCUCUCUCUCUCUCUCUCUCUCUCUCUCUCUCUCUCACAGACACACACCAUAUAUAUCUAUAUAUAUGCCCUUCCAAACACUCACAUAUUAGGAAGAAGACAGACCAAAGUAGCAAACAACUAUCUAGUCAUGGAAGUAGGAGAGCAGCAAUCAAACAGAUGGGAAGGUUAUGUGGAUUGGAGAAACAAACCUGCUCUCAGAGGCCGCCAUGGCGGCAUGCUCGCUGCCUCCUUCGUCCUCGGUGUGGAGGCAUUGGAGAAUCUGGCAUAUCUAGCGAAUGCGAGCAACUUGGUGUUGUACAUGAGGCACUACAUGCACUUCUCUCCAUCAAAAUCAGCAAACAACGUCACCAACUUCAUGGGAACAGCCUUCCUUCUUGCUCUUCUCGGAGGUUUCUUGUCCGAUGCUUUCUUCACCUCUUAUCAUAUCUUCCUCGCCAGCGCCGUUCUUGAGUUUCUCGGUCUGAACAUCCUGACCAUCCAAGCUCGCUCACCAACAUUGAAGCCACCAGAAUGUGAUCACUACACAGUCAGCUCAACAACAUGCCAACAAGUAGAAGGAGGAAAAGCAGCCAUUUUAUUCACAGGGCUCUAUAUGGUGGCUCUUGGGGUUGGAGGAAUCAAAGGGUCAUUGCCUUCACAUGGUGCUGAGCAGUUUGAUGAGUCAACGCCAUCUGGGAGGAAGCAGACUUCAACCUUCUUCAAUUACUUUGUCUUCUGCUUAGCCUGUGGAGCCCUAAUUGCUGUCACUUUUGUGGUCUGGGUUGAAGACAACAAAGGGUGGGAAUGGGGUUUUGCUAUCUCCACCAUUAGCAUCUUUGUGUCCAUCCCUGUGUUCUUGGCUGGUUCUUCUUAUUACAGGAUGAAGAUCCCUUCUGGAAGUCCACUUACCACCAUCUGUAAGGUUGUGGUUGCUGCUUCAUUGAACAGCUACAUCUACAGAAAUUCAAGCAGUGCGGUGGUGAACAUGGUUCCAAGCCCUUCAAAUCCAAACACAACCAGAGAAGAAGAAGAAGAAGAAGAAAUAAAAGUAGUAAUAGCAACUGAAACACCAUCAGAUUCCCUCAAAUUCCUCAACAGCGCAGUGACAAACACACCAUUACAUUCAUCACUAGAAUGCACUGUGAAGCAAGUCGAAGAUGUCAAAAUAGUAAUGAAAAUGCUACCCAUAUUUGCUUGCACCAUCAUGCUCAAUUGUUGCCUUGCACAACUCUCAACAUUCUCAGUCCAACAAGCAGCAACCAUGAACACCAAACUAGGUUCCCUCAAGGUUCCUCCAGCUUCCUUACCAGUUUUCCCUGUUCUCUGUAUCAUGAUCCUAGCCCCUAUCUAUGACCACAUUAUUAUUCCUUUUGCUAGAAAAGCAACAAGAACAGAAAUGGGUAUUUCUCAUCUUCAAAGAAUUGGAGUUGGGUUGGUCCUCUCAACAAUUUCCAUGGCAGUGGCUGCUCUUGUUGAAGUGAAAAGGAAAAGGGUGGCAACACAAUCAGGGCUUUUCAAUGAUACGACCAAACCACUUCCAAUCACAUUCUUUUGGAUUGCAUUGCAGUUUUUGUUUCUGGGUUCAGCAGAUCUCUUCACUUUGGCUGGCUUGUUAGAAUUUUUCUUCACAGAAGCACCGACAAAGAUGAGAUCUUUGGCCACUUCUCUUUCUUGGGCUUCUUUGGCUAUGGGGUAUUACCUUAGUUCAGUGAUUGUUUCUAUAGUGAACAGUGUCACAGGUAGCUCCAACCAUAAACCAUGGCUUUCUGGUGGCAACCUUAAUCACCACCAUCUUGAAAGUUUCUACUGGCUUAUGUGUGUGCUAAAUGGGUUGAAUUUUGUGAUUUACCUCUUCUGGGCUUCGAGGUACAAGUAUAGAGCAAGUGGAACCAGUGAAUGAAGAAAGAUAAAGAUGAAUUGGUCAAGUGGUUUAUGAGGCCAUUUGAUCAAACAGUAUGUAGGUUUUCAGUGGCUGAGAAUUCCUGCAAGUGGUUUGAUCGGCACUUCCCUUGCAAUAAGAUGGAGAGACAUGUUGAAUAAGUAAGGAAAGAACAGAAUGACAAAAACAUAAAAGAACGAAUAUUAUGUUCACUGUAAUCAACAUUGCUGCGAAAUGUAUUCUGCAACUCCUUUUAAAAUUAAUUUAAUUAUAAUCGGAGUCCCAAAGUCAUGAACGCUCAUGUGGCUUA